AUGACUGGUUUCUUCGCCGCUGGGGGAGGUACAGGUUUCCUGCUGCUGUUGCUGCUGUUCGAGAAUCCGCUUGGCGGGGCGGGAGAGCUCAUGACCACAGGCUUCCUCGCGGGCAGGGCGGGGCGUUCGUCCUUGGACAGGCCGAGCCCGACGAGUCCCACAGCCCCAGGGGGCGCCCAUCCUUUGAUACUACUAGACGCCGGCGAGGCCGUCGCCACCGAGGUUGUCCCCGCUCUACGGGGUGGUGGCAGCGGUGCUGACGAGUGUUCCUGGUAG